GCCCUCUCCGGGUGCAAGAUGGCGGCGGGCGGCGGGCGACGGUCGGGAGUCGGCGCCGACCCUCCCCGUCUCGAUAAAGGAACAGAGGCACGGAGAAGUUAAAUGACUUGUUCAUGGUUACACAGCUAGCUCACCUCCAUGGCCUUCCUGAUGUCCCUGUCCGGUGCCUCAUCUCCCUGAAUGGCCAGAGGAAGCGUUCCCAGCUUGGAGACUCCAGCUCUGCUGGUGAGGCACAGAGGGUCCUCCAUUCCAAAGGUGUUCCCACGGAGAUGGCAAAUUCCUCUGGCUCCUGGCUCUCCAGCUGCCUCGUGGCACUUAUGUUCCUCCGGCUGCCCCUGCCGUUGUCAGGGGACGCCGACGACUACCACCUGGCCCCACUAGGGGGCACAGCCGAACUGCCCUGCCCCAUCCCCCUGUGGCCGGUCACCGUGCCCACCGCGGUGACGUGGCUGCGGUCCCCAAGCCCGGACCGCUCCCAGGUCGUGCACGUGUUCCGCGACGGGAGAGACCGGGAGGAAGGCGUGAUGCCAGAAUACAAGGGGCGGACGGCGCUGCGGAGGGACCCGGGAGAGGGGAGCGUGUCCCUGGAGAUCCGCCACGUCCGGCUGGAGGACCGAGGGCUGUACCAAUGCGAGGUCCAGAUCGGAAACCUGACUCGGGAUGGCAUCGUGACCCUGCAGGUGGCAGUUCUAGGCUCCGACCCUUAUAUCCACGUGAAGGGCUACGACGCUGGAUGGAUCCAGCUGGUGUGCAGGUCUGCGGGAUGGUUUCCACAGCCCUUGGCCCAGUGGAAAGACCCUCAAGGCAGAGUGCUUCAACCCUUGUCGGAUGUCCAUGUCCUGGAAGCUGGGCUCUUCCGGAUCGCGGUGUCUAGCAGAGUCAGGGACAGCACGCUGGGGAACGUGUCCUGCACCGUCCACAAUUUGGCCCUCGGCCAAGAGAAGACCACAGCCAUGCUCAUAGCAGCCCCUUCUCCAGGGAGGAUCUCCUCCUCUACAGUGGCUCUUGCUGUCAUCCUGCCUGUCCUGGGAAUUCUCAUCAUCGUGGGCAUUUACCUCAUCUGGAAGCAAAGAAGAUCAAAAGAGAAGCUUCUCUAUGAACAGGUGAUGGAGGUAGAAAAUCUUCUCUCAGACCACGCAAAAGAAAAAGGAAGGCUCCAUAAAGCCCUCAAGAAACUCCGGAGUGAACUGAAGUUGAAAAGAGCUGCGGCGAACUCAGGCUGGAGGCGGGCGAGGCUGCACUUUGUGGCAGUGACCCUGGACCCAGACACAGCACAUCCCAAACUCAUCCUGUCUGAGGACCGGCGACGUGUGAAGCUUGGAGACAGAAGGCAGCCUGUGCCCGACGGCCCCCAGCGAUUUGACUUCGUCGUCAGUGUCCUGGGCGCUGAGUACUUCACGGCAGGCUGUCACUACUGGGAGGUAGACGUGGGAGACAAGACUAAAUGGGCCCUGGGGGUGUGUAGUGAGUCUGUGAGCAGGAAGGGGAAGAUCACUGCCACGCCUGCCAAUGGACACUGGCUUGUCCGCCAGAGUAGUGAGAAGGAGUACGAAGCUCUCACAUCCCCACAGACUACGCUGCGCCUCAAGGAGCUCCCGAGGUGUGUGGGAAUUUUCCUGGACUAUGAGGCAGGCAUCAUUUCCUUCUACAAUGUGACCAGCAGAUCCCACAUCUUUACUUUCACCCACACCUUCUCUGGCCCCCUUCGCCCUUUCUUUGAGCCCUGCCUUCAUGACGGUGGGAAAAACACAGCACCUCUAAUCAUCUGCUCAGAACUCCAGAAAUCAGAACCACCAACCGUCCGCAAGCCAGAAGAAAAAGGUCAUGCGAAUGGAGAUGUGACCAUGAACGUGAACCCUUCCUUAUUCCCACGCUGGCCCUCUGACCUUGCCCCAGCCCUUCAAGGUCUCAAGGUUCCUUCUUUUUAG